AUGAAUAAACAGAAAGCUAUAUUAUUUUUAUUUAGCAUUGCUAAAGAGAUUGAAAAAUCUUUCCGAUGUCCAAUUAUAUUUUUAACCGAAAAAGAUUAUGCUGACUAUAUCGUCAAAUCAUUGAUGGGUAUGCAUUGUGUUUUACAAGAUAAAAUUAAAUACAACGAAUUAUUUGAAACUAUAAAACAAUUUCAUUAUGAAUGGCUGCAAGCUGUCCAAGAUAUAGAAUUAUUCAAAAAAAUGUUAAAAGAAUUGCCUCGUGAUGUGCCCCUUAGAGCAAUUGACUUCACUAUAGAUUGUCUUGAAAAUAGAUACACCUAUCUAUGCAAUUACAUGAGAGAAAUGGAAACUAGCAUGCCAAGUGAAGAGAAAAAAAUUAUGGGUACAAAUCUGACGAUCAUAGCAGAGAUAAAACAGAUAAACGUCAGUAAAUUACUUGAGAAAAAGAGAAGGAUCCUUACACAAGUAGAUCAAGCAGAAUAUCUUAAUACAAUACAAAAUGAAUCAGAAGAGCUAUUAAAUUGGUUAGAUAGGAUAAAUGAUAAUUUAGCAUUACAUUUCUGUAGAGUUCUUGAUUUGAAAGUCUCUAUUCAACCAAGUGAUCUUACAAAACCGUUAAAACAAAUUAUUGAAGAAAUUUCAGAUGAUCCGGAUCCUGAAGCGCAGAGAAUAGCUGAUCUGAUUCACUCUACAUGUAAGAAAAUCAGUACUACGAUUCGACUCAACUCAAUUCAAGAAAUAGAAAUAGCAAAAAUAGUUCAAAAAAUUAAAGAGCUAGAAAACCGUAUAAAUAGGUUAGAGCUCGAAAAUUCAUCUGCGCUGAUGGCUUUAAAAAAUAAAACUAUUUACUUAGAAGACAGACUAAAGUCCUUAGAAAAUGUAAAAUUAUCUAAAGUACCUGUUAAAAGCGAAAAUAUCCAGUUUUUAAAUGGUGAAACGGAUUGUAUAUUUAACCAUAUUCUACCUCAUGCGGAACGAUGUCGACUUGUGGAACGAUUGAUGAAGCUUUGGAAUUCCUCAACUGAACAUGAAAACGAAUCAAUUAUAUCUAUUUUAAGCGUUGCUGAUUUAAAAGAGGUAUUUUCUGAUGUCCAUGGACGUUUUUGUGUAGAUAAAUAUGGAAGAAAAUUAUAUGAUAAAUGCAACAAUACACAACUAUCACAACUAUAUCAAUUAAAUGAAGUAAAUAAAUUAGUUCCUGUACAAGAUGACGAAAAACAUGUUUAUUUCUAUGAUGAAUGCGGUCGGUAUUAUCUCAAUGGAAAUAAUCAGCGGAUAUACAAAGCAUACGCAACCGCUAGUGAAUAUAUACUAAAUAAAACCGGAGUUUUAUUGAAAUUACAAGAAGUAAAAGGUGGUAUCGAAUAUUUCUAUGACAACCUAGGACGAUACCAUUUUAAUUUGAAUGGAAAACGAAUAUACACUAAUGAAAAUAGUGAAAAUGAAUAUGAAGAUGAUGGAUUAGGUAAUCUUUUAAGAAUUAAAUCUAGGAAUUACACUUAUGAACCUUAUACAAAAAAACCUUUAACUUUAGAGGAAAACAAGUAUUUAAAACGAGUAGUUGGUCCAGCUUUAAAAGAGUGUGUAGCUAAAGUUGUAUUACACCGACCAAAUGAUCCUAUUGCCUACUUAUCUAUGAGUUUAAUAAAAUAUUGGAAAAAUACAAAAGAUCGGAACAAACAUUUAGAUGAUAAACGAGAAAUGUUUGAGGAACGCGAUCUUUACUGCAUAACAAAAGAAAAUUCAUCUAUCCAGCUUAAAAAUUAUGACAUGGACUAUACACUUCAAGACGAGGCUUCUUAUAGCAUUGAAUACGAAACUGAAGAAGCAGUGGAGGAGAAUUAA